GUUAUCUAAGGCUGACUGCCAGGUUGUACAGAGACAGGAAAGAGAAGGCUGCCCGGGCGGACUCCUGCACAUGUAUGUGUUAAUUGAAUUCUGCUAUGAGACGUCAGCUUUUCACUCGUCCUAGACAAACCUAGACCUUGUGCAUACCUAUCUACAGAAUUGCGUUUUUAACGUUGCGCCUUCUUGCAGGCACAUCUUCAACUCCUGUCCAGUCUAGCCUUUGAAACAUAUUGGGAAUAGCCCGGCCAAUUUCCCCCGGUCCGCCGAGCGAUAGCUUCUGGGUCCCCAUUCAUUCAAUCAUCUCUCGACCACCUCCUUUUGCAUGUUAUUAUUUUCGUAACCAACUUCUCCGACUUUUUUUGACUAUCCCAGGACGACAAGAGGGAGAGAUUGAGGGAGAAAGGUUUGGACGAAGAAGAAGCACCACCACCGGCAGAAGAGCGAGCCAUUUGUGGGCAAAAGACCACACGCUCGCGCCUUUUCGGUCCACUUUCCGGGGCAACGCCCACGUUUGUCCACUUUCCCAUUCGCAUUCGAUUCGUCCGCCUGUUGCAACAGUCCAGCGUUCUCUCUGGAAGCGCCAAGUCCACUGGCUUCGGCUACAGCCCAACGUCAACAGUCAACAGUCAAGGAAAAACCAGCCAGCAGAGGGAAAUCUACUGUUGCAUCAACCUUUCCCCGCGCGCGCGCAGUGCCCUUCGCCGCCUGUGACGACAACAACCCAUUUUCCAACAACGCCGUGAACCCCUUUCCGAAUGCUUCGUACCAUUGACCAUCUCGACCGAUAGCGCGCGGCACCCCGCUCCCCCCCCCCCUUAACGAUCGAUCCAGCUCGAGUUACAAAGACUGCGGCAGCAAUGGGGUUCCUUGGUGUGUACAAGGCCCUGUACGACUACACUCCCCAGGCGGAGGGGGAACUAUCAAUCACCGAGGGCGACGUUCUGUAUGUGUUGGAAAAGAGCACGGAUGAUGACUGGUGGAAGGCCAAGAAGAAGGCUACGGCCGAGGAUGAGGAUGAGCCGGUUGGCUUGAUCCCGAAUAACUACAUCGAGGAGGUAAAACCGGAAAGCAAGGCUCGCGCGCUGUAUGAAUACACCAGGCAAACCGACGAGGAGCUGUCCUUCCCCGAGGAGGCCCAGCUCGACGUUUACGAUACUACUGACCCGGAUUGGAUUUUGGUAGGGUACCAAGGAGAUUUCGGGUUCGCGCCGGCCAACUACAUUGAGAUUGCGGCUGGUGGACAAAAGCAGGAGGAGGCCGCACCGUCCAUCCUAACUCCGCCUCCGCUUCCCGUCAGGACGCCGAGCGAUGCCGCGCCCAGCCCCGCCCUUCCCCCGAGACCCCCAUCGGAGCCGGCCAGCCCGGCUUCGCCUCCUGUCGCGCCGAACCCAGCCAGCAUGAUUGCGGGUAUGAUGGCUGCUCGGGGAGGUCAUACCCCCGCGCCAUUGGACCUCCAGCCAUCUGGACAACGGCAUGUUGCUGAAGAAGAAGAAGAAGAACAAGAGGUCAAAUCGCCACCUCUUCCGACCCGGCCGCGUGGUGAUUCUCAGGCCUCGGAGCCUGCCCGCUCGGCGCCUGCUUCGGGCGGUCUGAAGACACACGGGUUCCGUGACAGUGAUCGCAUCGACCGCUAUAGCGACUCUGUUCCUCAGACUCCAAACACGGCACCACUCACCCCUGGCGACUUUCACAUGUAUAACAUUAAUGAAAUGGUCUCGGUGAUGGGCAAGAAGAAGAAGAUGCCUACUACUCUGGGCAUCAACCUUCGGACUGGCAUUAUCUUGAUUGCUCCCGAACAUGCUUCGGACGGCCCAUCGCAGGAGUGGACGGCGAACUUGAUGACGCAUUAUUCUCGGGAAGGCAAGCACGUCUUUAUGGAGCUGGUCAAACCAAGCAAGAGCAUCGACUUUCAUGCGGGCGCAAAGGACACCGCAGAAGAGAUUGUUGCGAUGCUUGGGGAGCUGGCCGGGGCCGUGCGUGCUGAGGGACUGAUGGAGAUUGUCAAGGCCACCAAGGGGAGCAAGGUGCCUCAGCAGAAGACUGGCGUUGUUUUGUACGAUUUCUUGGCCCAGGGCGAGGACGAGGUUACGGUUGGGAUUGGUGAUGAGGUUAUCAUCUUGGACGACACCAAGAGCGAGGAGUGGUGGAUGGUCCGCAGGGUUAAGAACCAGUUGGAAGGCGUCGUUCCGAGCAGCUACAUUGAAGUCACCGGCAUUCUCGACACUCCGGUUCCGACAUCGGCUUCCGGUAUCAACGCGGGCCGGUCGACCAUCGAGCAGAACCGGCUGGAGGAGGCGAGAUUGACGAAGGAGGCGCUCAAGGCGGCGAAGCGGGAGGAGAGAAAGGAAAGGGAGGGGAGAAGUUCAGAGGUAGGCCCUGGAUUGCGUUUGCCCGAGCGAAGUAGUAGUUUGUCUCAGGCCAGAAAUGGUAACACUGUGGGACAACAGCACUCCAGCAGACGCGAGAACGGAGCCUCGGGUUCGUCGAAAUCGAAGGAUGGGAGCGUCAAGUCGAAACCCGACCCGGCCAAGGUGCGGACGUGGACGGAUCGGUCAAAGUCUUUUACCGUCGAGGCUCAGUUCCUCGGGAUGAAGGAUGGCAAGCUCAACUUGCACAAGGUGAACGGUGUCAGGAUCGCGGUACCCAUCGCCAAGAUGUCGAUUACGGAUCUGGAAUAUGUCGAGCAGAUCACCGGCAUCUCGCUCGACGAAGACAAGCCCCUUUCCGAUCUCAAGAAGAAGGCUGCCGCCGAGAAUGCUCGCAGCGGACGUUCCUCGUCUUCCAAGACCAAGGUCGGAGCGUCUAUUGAGCCAAAGAAGUCCACUUACGAUUGGUUCCAGUUUUUCCUGGAUUGCGACAUUCAACCUCAGUCCUGCGAACGGUACUGUCAAGCGUUCGAAAGGGACUCCAUGGAUGAGAGCGUGUUGCCAGACGUGAAUGCUACGGUGUUGAGGAAAUUGGGAUUCAAAGAAGGUGAUAUCAUCAAGGUUAUGCGAUACCUGGAUACGAAGUAUGCCCGAGGCAAGGGUAGUGUUGGCGAUGAUGAGUCUGGUGGUGGUUUGUUCUCGGGUCCUGGGGGCGCUCUCCGAAACAACACCAGAAAGGGACGGCCAGCCCCACCAGUGGAGACUAACAACGUUGUUGAUCCUAAUGCCUUUAAGAAGGACGGUAGCGGUGCCGAGCCCAAGUCGGCGUCUCCCACCACUGCGACAGGACCGGCAGCUGCAGCGGCCGCUCCAAGCAAACCCGCAGGUGGAUUCGAUGACGAUGCUUGGGAUGUGAAGCCUUCCAAGACUCCCGAACCAGCUCCGGCAGCGAAGGCACCUGAACCCGCACCGGCUCCCGUUGCGGCUCCUGCGCCAGCCCCUGCUCCCGCUCCCACUCCCGCUCCCGCCCCCGCUCCCACGCCCAGUACGGCCAAGCUCACGGGCUCGAUGCAGGAACUGUCAUUGCUCUCUCAGCCAUUAGUUCCAGAACAGGUUCAGCCUCCACCAGCUCCUCCUGCUUUGGACUUCUCGCCUGCUCCCACCGCCGCCGCAGUUGCCCCGGUUCCAGCUCCCGCGCAAGUUCCACAGCCUACCGGCGCGACCCCUGGCUUUUUUGGUGGUCUGCAAGCUCCCGUUGUCAACGGACAGCCGCUCACUCAACAGCUCCCGCAAAACAUUGCCCGUGCUAGACCUGUGGCACCUCAGUAUACCCAGGGUCAAGGCGGUUUGAUCGCUCCUCCUCCUCCGUCUCGACCACUAUCAGCUCCUCAGACGGCUCAACCCAGUCAAUUCGCGCCACCACCACUCCAGCCCCAGAUGACGGGCUUCCAGACACAAGUCGCGCCCCCGGGUCAGAGCCUAGCCGAGAUCAGCCAGCAGCGGAUGCAGCAGCAAUACGCCGCCCAGAUGCAAGCCCAACAGCAGCAGAUGCAGCCUCAAAUGACGGGGAUGCAGCCCAUGAUGCAGCCCAUGAUGACGGGUAUUCCUGCUCAGCCAACAGGUUUCCAGCCUGUUCCGGCGGGGCCGUUCAUGUCACAACCCACGGGCAUGGCACCACCCAUGCAGCCGAUGCAGAUGCAGCCUACCGGGUUUGGUGUUGGUGGGUUCGGACAGCCGCCGGUUCAGCAACAGCCUUUUGCUCCUGGUGGCGGGCUGCCCAUGCCGUUGCAGCCUCAGCAGACGGGUAUGAGUGUGCUGCAGCCGCAGAUGACGGGAUUGACUGGGUUUGGGACAACAGGAAGUCCAGUGGGUGGGGGGUUGGCGGCGCCGAUGCAGCCUUUGAUGCCGCAGAAGACGGGGCCGCCACCGCCGGUGAGAUUUGGGGUGCAGCCUGAUGCGAAGAAGUUGGCGCCGCAGGCUACCGGACGGAGGGCGAAUUUGGCUGCAGCUACACCGGAUAAUCCGUUUGGGUUUUAAUUGUAGUUUGUGAGGGGGUUGGAAUGGGUGGUAAUGUGAAUAGAGGGUGGCCAGGGGGAUGUACGGGGGAAAGUUGGUGGGUUGAGGAGUGGUUAGAAGGGGUGGUUGUUGGAAGAGAAGGGGGCUGUUGUUUGUGUUGUAUUGAGUUGUGUGGGUUGUCUCUGGCUGUGGUUGUUGUGGGCUGAAGCGAUGCAACCGAUUUUACUAUAUCUAUUCUUUGCUUUUUAUUAUUCAAUGCGUUGUUUUUCUUCGAGUAGAACUGCUUGUUGUACUGUGCCAUGCAAAAUAUUUUGGUUCUAGUAUAGCGUGCGUGGGAAAAGGGGUAAACAACAGAGAAGAAGGGGUAACUGUACGUACACCUAGGGCGACUUCGCAGCAUCAGUUGAGAGGACGAUAGGGAAAUAUAUGUUAGUAAACUUUGGGAACCGUUUUGAGAAGUCCAUGGGUAGUGAGUGUGUGAUUUGGGAUGUGUGACCAUCUUGGGAAUGAGACGCCGUUUAUACAUUCUUUCAAGGCGCGGUUCAGCAUGGCGGUGCCAGCUACCUAUCUUGUCCACGUUGUGAGACCUCAACCCAAGGCAG